AUUGACGUCUUACAACUUUUAGUGUGGCCGAGGAAAUUAGCUUUGUGCGCAACAUUGUACCAAAUUUUUUUUUGGAAGAGUUAAAGAUAUGCGUUGAUGCCAGCGAUGUUUUUACUGACUCUGAAAUACAAGACAGAGGCGUAAGCCCCACAAAUUAACCUGUCCCUCAUUUUAAACCUCCUGACCAAUCUCUUAACAGCCAUAGUAAACAACCAGGACCCCAAAACCCUGAUACAAACAGCAAUACAAUCAUUCUUAACCAUACUAUCCCCCCAAAAUGGAUAACUUAAAAAUUCUAUUUUGGAACUCAAACGGCAUUAACCACAAACUUGACGAACUGCGCUCUUUAGCACUAAAACUGAAAACCGACAUAAUCCUACUUAACGAAACCCACCUAAAACCCUCUGCCAGACUUCACAUUCCUAACUUUUUUACGUACAGGAACGACCUGCCGCCCGUGCGGGGCUCGCCCGCCCACGGAGGCACGGCCGUUCUCGUCAACCGACGUAUCGUCCACCAACCAGUUACCCUAAACACAACCAUCCAAACCUCUUCCAUCCUCGUACAACUCAACGGCCACGAAGUACUUAUUUCAGCCGUAUACAAACCACCCGGAACCCUCCCAGAUAGCAAUUGUGUAAUGAUAAUAAUAUAAUAUUAUUAUUUUUACAGUACACAAAUAUUGUUAUAAAAAUAAUAUUAUUAUAAUAACAUAAUUAUCCAAUUAACAUAAUAUUUUUUCAGUCAUUUAAUAAUAAUAUUAUUUUAAUAUUUUUUUUAUACGGUAAUAAAAAUAUUAUUUUAUAGAAAUUAUAAUAAAAUUAUUAUAAUAUAAUUAUUAUAAUAUUUUUAGUAAAAUUAGUUAAUAAUAAUAUUUUAAUGUUUUCAACAUACAGUAUUAUUAAUAUUAUUUUAAAAUAUUAUAAUAUUGAAAUUAUAAUAUUAUUAUGAUUAUGUGUAAUUCACUGGUUCUAUAAUAUUAUAUAUAUAUAUAUAUAGAUAGCCAUAUAAUAAUGCUAUACACAAAGGUGAAAGAGUAUAAUAGGUACCUAUAUGUACAUUAAUUUUCCUCGCACCUCUUGCCCAGUUUAGUAUACAUAUUUUGUAUGUUCACAGUAUGUUUUAUUUUCACCGCGGUAAUUUCACUACGUUCAAGGGAAGAUAUCCCGCUCGAACACACUGCAGAUUUUACCGUAAUACAAAUCACGGGGAGAUUUCACACUCGUUGUCCACCUAUUUGCCACCCACACAAAAAUAUUUACCGUAUAGCAUUUUACAGGGAGAUUUCGCAUUUUUUGUCCACGAAUUCUCCACUUAAACAAAAUAUUUACCGUAUUUUAAAAUUACAGGGAGUUUGCACACUCAAAAUAUAUUACCAUGAUCAUCAUCUAAAUAAAUUAUUUACAAACUAACAACAAUAUUGAUAAUGAGUUAAGUAUAUUAUUAUUAUGCUAGUCCUAACUCCUAGGUAGGUAUUAUAGUAAUUAGUAAAUAGUAGGUAGUAUAUUAAAAUGUAUACAUUAUAAUAUUAUACUGUGGAACUGUGUUUGAAUACAAAGGGGUGGAGUACCUCUUCUUUUUUAAAAAUAUUUUUGUAUUUUUGUAGUUCAUAUUAUUAUGUAGUAUAUUUGCCAUGAUAUUUGUGUUGAGGUCUUACGAUUAUAUAUAUAUAUUUUUACACCCACCCAGUUCAGACAUGAAGCAAUUACUUAAAAUAAUCAUAUAUCCCGCCGCCACAGGUUUACUAUACUCCGUUCACUUUAAGAAUAUACCACUUGGUCGACCAAAACUCAUCUUGUUCGUGCCCAUAAAACGGACACUACAGCGAGCGUUAAUGUCGGCCGCCACGGAACUGCAUCUGUAUACGUAGGUAGUGAGUUGUAUUAUCAGUUAUCACACUAUUAAUCGUUUGAUUCCACUCGCGGCGUAUACGUUUACUCUUGCGAUUAUCACACAUGUAUUUUAUUUACAUACAAUAAUAUUCCUUUGCUAAUUAUUACCUUUUUUGUUUGUACAUUUUGUUAUUGUUUAACAAUCGCCAAAGCUGCGAUGUUUGUAUGAUUCUCUGAUCAACGACGGUUUCCGAUGUCUAUCAGCCAAUCACAGAACGCAAAGCGAUUAUCGGCAGCUCAGUCUUUGGGCACGAAAGCGGUAUAUAUUCUAACCAUAGACGCGUAUUAAUAAAUGGACUGCGCUUUCCUCACCCCCCCAUCUAUCCGAAUCUGAAAUGUAAAUUGUGUGAGUGAGAUAGAAACUGUUGGGGGCAUAGACCUAUAAUAGUUUAAUGGACAGCGCAUUCCACUCCACCCUGCCAUCAAUGCACGGGAAUCAUAUAGAGAAAGAAAGAAUAAAGAACGAAGAGAUUAAAGAGAGAAAGAACAUAAAGAGGGUAAUCAUUAACAUAAUAUGAAACUAAUACUAUAUUUCCCCCACGUUCUCUUUUCUCUUUUACUCUAUAUCGUACCCCUGACUUCUCUCUGAGCGCAGUCCAUUUAUUUAUAUGUCUAUGAUUCUAACUGUAAACGCAGUUAUAACUUAUAGUGUAUACUUAUUACUUAUUACUUAAGUCUGUAAUCAGUAACCACUAAUCAGCAUUUAUAAUUUAUAAUAUUAUGAUGUUGGCACUUGGCGUACGUGCGAGUUCUUCGCUCGUUUCUCCAACUCGCAAUACGUACCUAUUGUUAUUAUUCUAUAAAUAAAUGGAUUCCCAGUAACGGGCUCAUAAUUCUUACAAUAAAUAUUGUGUGCUUAUAUUUUUUGUGCCGCUGUGUUGUGACUUGUCGCACUUGAUAGUGUUUGCCAUCGCACUAUCCGACUCUCGUAGUCGCAUAUCUCGCGUAUAUUGUUACUUAUAUUAGUCCACGCGUACUGUAAUAACUUUAAGUUUUAACCGUACAAAUUGUUUUCAGCUAUAGUGCUGUACCUAUAUUGUUAUUGUUAUAUUGUUAAAUUGUGUUGUGUUUCAACUUGAUCGAGAUCUAUAAGUUCAAUAAACCAGUAUAAAAUGUGGAUCAUAGUUAGUUUUGACGAUGAAGAUGCUGUAGAAGCUGUUCCUGCUCACUGGAUUAAAAAUAACAUGUGUGCCUGGCCAAAAAAAGAUACAAAAAAACAUAUACAACGUAGGACUAUUCCAAAUAAAUUUGAUUUUAAUUAUUUUAAAUCAAGAAUUUUGAAAAAAGGCAUUGGAACAUUACAUGAAGCUCGAGAAAUGGUUAAAUUGGCAGAGGAGACAAGUGACCUAUCUAAUAUAGAAAACACAAAAAGGAAAAAAAAAACUACAAUCAAAAAUGUAGAACCUCCUCAGUAUAUUGAAAAAUUACAAUUACAUAAAAAUAAACAAAAUGAUGAUUUAGUUUCUAGGGAGGAUUUUGAUAGGUCAAUAACAUUUGAGACUUCACCCAAAAAGCAGAAAACAGUUACAAGUUAUGAUUUUAACCAAAAUUUAGAACAUAACUAUAAAGAGAUCAGUACAAUAGAGAAUUGUAAGACACAAUCAUUAAAAUCCAAACUAAAUAUGAUUGGUUCUAGAUUUUCAAAUGAAGGUCAUACUAAUCAUCAGAUGUCAGAUUGCUCUCCUUCAAAAGUAAAAAGAACUCUUUUUAAACCAAUAAGUACAUCAAUUCAAGAGAAUAAGUCUUCAUCAACAACUCCAGAAAGUAAUCAUGAAAUAUCAUCCAUCGUAUAUACAUCAUCUUCUCCAUUUAAGGUCAUAUCACAAGACAACUAUCAAUCAUUAAUUCCUGAUGUUCAUGAAGAAAUAGUGUUAUCAGAUUAUAAUACCAAACAGUUAUCAAAUCUUAGCCAUAGACCAUCCACAUCAACUAAACACAAUUGUAAUGAUGAUUUAAAAAUCAAAAACAUGAUGCCUAAGCCAUAUUCAUCUACAAAAUUCAAUAAUUAUAUUAUUAAAGAUCACAAAAGGAUGAAUGAAGUUUCACCGCAGAGUAAUUUAGCCAUCACACCAAGAGGCACCAAUUCAUCUGACCAACAUUCUGAUAUUUUGAACAGGAUCUUAAAUGUGGUAUUAAAGAUUAGGUAUGAUGUACAGUCCAUUCAACAGAAGCAGAUGGAAAUGGAACAGGCUCUAACAGUUGCAAUAAAUCAAGUAAAUGAAACCAAAGGCUCCACUCACCAAAAUAUAUCAACAGAAGCAGAAGAUUUUUAUUUAAUGAUUCCCAUAAUGGACGAAGAACAAUUAUUUAUAUUUGAAGAAAAACUUUUGGAAAAGUCUUAUAAAUUAUGUGUUGUAAAUGAGCUCAAACGUCUUCAAAAAAAAGAACUUAAUUCUACGGUAAGAGGCUUACUAAAAGCACUUUUCAACGAUGAUGUCUUAAAAGAAUAUAGUUAUGUUGGGCAAAAAAAAAAGAAAAUUUUCUGUUCAUUAAGAUCAUGUGCAAUAGUUUUUGAAACGAUUAGAAAAAUGAAAAACUUCCAAAGUUCAACUAACGCAACUAUUGAAGACCCAAUUAAAAAAUACAUAGCUGGUGCUGGUUUUAGAAAAUCUUCUAAAAAUAUAGAUUAACCAAAAAUUUUAAAUUUCAAUUAUUCUAUUAAAACAAACAUUUUAAAGAUAUAAAAUACCUGUUUAUUAAGUUCAUAUUUGUAUUGUAAUAUUACAAAAGUUUGUUAUUUUUAUUUUAUGAUACUAUAAUAAUAUUAUAUAUGCCUAUAAAUAUUAUUUUACAAGCUAUUCAUUAUAUUUUCCUUAUUUUAAAUAAAAAUUAGAAAUAUUUUAUUUUUUUGUUUACUGACUGCAUUUUAAUUUAAAUAUCCAUACAGUCUUGAAUGGUAUAUAUAAUAGCUUUAUGUUAAACUGAAAUGUACAGCAAACUAAGAAUAGAUGCUUUUUUUCUAACUGUUAUUUCAACAGCCUAAGGUAUGUUGGCUUAUGGAAAAACUGUUUACAAAAUUCAUUAAAUGUGUAAGUCAAAGUACAUAGGUAUCAUUUUGUAAGCAAAAAAUAAGAAUUAUAAUAUAUUCAAACUUUUUAGCUGCUGAUAUUGUGUUUAAAAAACGUAAAAAUAAUAUUAUAAAAACCUUCUCACAUUAUUAUUAUAAUGUUCAAAUGAGAACAUAAAACGAUUGAAAAAUUAUUAUUUUGGAAUAUUAUAAUUAUAUAAAUCUUAAAUUGUUUUU